AAAUGGAUUAUGAAGCAGAUAGACCAAGGAACCCUGAGCCCCCAAAGAAACCUGCCAGGAAAACCAAAUUAGUGUACGGAAAUGAAAAGACGGAGAUGGAUAUAUCCAAAUUAAACAUGGAUAUGAAUAUAUCCAUUUCAAAAAUAAAGAUGUAUCCUCCUGUGUUCAGCGAACCUCUACACCUAGAGACAGAGACAGCUCUGGAGAAUGAAACAGUUCAAAACCAAGAUAAUCUAGAAAUAAACCAGUUUGAAAUGCAUGAAUUUGACAACAACACCAAACCGGUUUCCAAGACUCCAGAUUUGGUUUGGAAACCUCAAACGAAAGUCCAAGUUAACCCUGAGAAGAGUGAAUAUGACCCCAGUAUCUCAAGUCGAGAGGAUGAAACUAGAUCACUGCUUGGUCAGUAUCAACCAGGUUUUAUUAAUCCUGGAGAUGAAGAUCUUGAAGAUAAUCCUGAUGAUGAAUAUAAACCUGCAAAACCAAGGCGAGGUAGCUGGGUCAUCUCGUCUAUAGUUGUAGAGAAAAUCAAGUCUCAUAAUAAUACAACAAAACAAUGGGAAAAUAAGAAAAUUACAGAUUGGCUAGAGACUCAGCCAAGAAGUUGUGGCAUAACCGAGGAUUCUAUUCAUCAGGCUUCUAGUAAUAUACACAGUCAAACUUUUCUUCACGGAAAUGGUUCAAUGCUCAAUAGCUCGAAAACCAACUCAGAGUCAUUAAUCCAGAAUACCAGCACACAGAAUUAUUGUAAUUUUACAAGCACUAUAAACCAAGAGUUUCAAGCAAAAAAAUAUGAAACAAUAACCAGGUCUUUGAUGGAACCAACCCUGAAUCCUGGAAAUGGUUUUGCUCAAGAAAAUAAGGAUCCUCAGUCUUAUAUUUCAUCAGCUAGGAAGAAGAAAGUGUUGAAUGAAAUAAGUUUAGAAAAUAUUGAACCUUUUGGAAAAUCCAGUUCAUUGCUACUUUCAAGCUUUCCUGUUAAUAAUAGAAGAAAUUCUGUUAUAAGCGUAGAUUCGUCUUCAGAACAGAGUAAUAAUGCAUUAAAGACUUGGUCAACAUCACAAGAGGAAUCUUCAAGAAAAGUGCGACGAAGUAGUGUUUGUCACAGCAAUGGUAAUAAUACUAAUACCUGGAAGGAGGCUAGAGAUCUCCGAUCGUCUUCUGUCGAUCCUGAAAAGAAACCUAUAAUCUUCAGUUUCCUUGGACUCGACCAGGAUCCGAAGCAUAGAACUAGGCAGCAUGAUUUUAUUCCUCCCAGAGAUAGUUUAGUUCCCAACCUUUCCCGCUAUAGCAGUCAGGAAUAUAUAUCUUUAGCUCAGGAACCUGGACCUGACACCAAUCUAAAUAGAAACAAAUCAUUGAGUAAGGAUGGAACUCUAUAUAGAAGCAAUACAAAUAUUUCAGAGGGUGUUGAGACCUAUACGUGGAGUAGACGAGGAUCUAUUUCAGGAACAGGGUUGAGAAGAGAAUCUAAGGUUAGUGCUCCGGAUCCCAAGGAUGGAGCAGUAUUUAACCGUGACGGAGGUUUCUUUAUGCCCUUCGGAAACACCGGGUCCAAACCUACUCAGGGGUGUAAGACAAGACGGCAGCUGAAAGCAGAAGAAGAUCUAAGAGAAAGGUUGGAGGAAGAGGAGAGAAGAAGAGUAGAGGAGAAUAGAAGAGAGAGGAAUCAGAAGAAAAAGGAGAAAAGAAGAAGAAAUCUAACUUCUACAGUUAGUGUUCAGACUGAAGAGCUUGCUAAACGAAGUGCUGAAAUAGAUGGAGUUACGAGAUUUAGGAAUGGGAAAAUGAUUUAAUUUAAUUUAAAUUUUCGCAUUGGCAAUAUUUUUAGAUAUUUAUUUAGCCCAAAAGUGAUAUUUAUUUUUUCCUCAGCAACAGUAGCUUACUGGUUAAUAAUCUCAGCAACAACAUCAACAUGACCAACAUCAACAACACCACUCCUGGUGAUCAAUAUCUUACAACAGAGAUAAUCAACAACAUCAAUUCCAGUAUUAAUCUUAGCCUGGUAAACAUGCAGAAUCAAUCAGAUCCUAAACCUAUCCCUGAAAACUCAAGUAUUCAAUCCAACCUAGAGAUUCCAUCAGCUCAAUCCAACCCAAACCAACUCAAUUUAAAUGAAACUGUUCAGGGGGGAAAACUCAACGAAAAAACAGGAGCGGAAAAAUGGAAAAGUUGGCGGGGUUGGGAGGAAGGAGAAGAGGUUUCAGGAUCCUUUAUAGGUUGCGGAUCCGAACCUUUGGGAGGAAAAAAGAACUGGUGGGACUGGGAACCAGAGAUUCCUGAGAAUGAAUUAAGAAGGAAACGAGAUCCAGUUCUUCAUUGUUCAAUGGAUGAUGAUUUUGUGCCGGACAGAAGUUUUUUGAGCUGUUCAAGAGAACCCAUCAAUAGGUUUGACUCAAGUUUUGAGCUAAACAGAACUAAAACAAUGGGUAGAAAUUCGUCAAGAGAUAUAUCUCGAGGUCAUCAAUUGAGAAACAGAACUGCUUCGGCUUCAAGAUAGAUUGGUCGAUUUUAGACUAAAGUAAAUUUUAUGUAUGAUUGAAAUCUGAUUUGUUCUCUAAUUUAAGAGCUAGUUGAGUGUGUACAAUGAGUCUUAUUAAACAUGCAAAUUAAUUAGAAAUCAUAUUUUAUCUUGUAGCAUUUAAUUGUAAACCUUGUCAAUCUAAUAUUCACUAAAACAAACAGUUUUUUGGCACGUUUUAUAUUCAGAAAGCCAGGAUCAAGUAAAAUCAGUUCGUUAUUUUUCAACUGUGAAGCUAGUUUGUUUGGGACACCCUACGUGUAAAAUUUUGUUCCAUUGUAAUAAAUACUUUAAUGCAAAAUAAUUAUUGUUAGAAAUAAAAAAGAUAUAAUAAAUA